UGAGCGAGGGAGACAGCAGACCGAAACCAGCGGCGACGCCAUGGAGUCCGGGAAGUGGGGUGUGCUGGGGUCCCUGUGCUGGCUGUGUGCGGCUGUGCUGUGCCAGGAAGUCAUCACCGUGAAAGAAGGAGACAAUGCGGAGUUUAAGUGCAACUAUCCCAGCAGUAUGCAGAACCCGCGUAUUGAAUGGAAGCAUAAUUCCGGCCAGGACGUCAGCCUUGUGUACUACGGAGACGCCCUGACAGCACCCUACAAAGACCGCGCUGAUUAUUACCCCCAAGGCCUGCGGCUCAGGAGUGUGACCCGCAAGGACAAUGGUGACUACGUGUGCGAAGUCACCAACACUGUGACCGGAGCGCUGCCCGCCUACACUGAGAUCACAUCCAAGCUGGUGGUGCCAGUUGCCCCAUCGGUGCCCAUCGCUCGGGUGCCAACCUCUGUGACAACUGACAGCGUGGCAGAACUUGCCUGUAUGGAGAAGGAUAGCUCACCGCCUGCUACAUUUGUAUGGUACAAAGACAACAUCCCGAUGCCCGAUAAUCCCAAGACCAGCCCCACCUUUCAGAACGCCAGCUACACCAUAGACCAAAGCACUGGAGUUCUGAAAUUUAACCCUGUUAUGAAAUCUGACGCUGGAGAAUUUUAUUGUGUGGCGUCGAACAGCCAGGGGCAGCAGUCCUCCGCCGCCGUGCGCAUGGAUGUCAACGAUGUUAAUGUUGGUGGGAUUGUGGCCGCGGUCAUCGUCGUUCUCCUCAUUCUGGGAUUGAUUGCAUUUGCCCUGUGGUUUGCAUACAGCCGCGGAUACAUUGGGAAAAAAAGCAAGUAA